ACUACAUUACCCUUUUGGUGUACGGAUCUAUUGCUUUGGUCUCCUUGCUUCUUACGAUAACGGCCUCCUUCUGUUUCUACCUCGCGGCAUUGAAGGCUUCGGAAAACCUCCAUGACCAGAUGAUAACCACAGUUAUGAAAGCACCAGUUCUUUUCUUUGACACAAAUCCAGUUGGUCGCAUCCUAAAUCGCUUUUCUAAAGAUAUUGGUUGCAUGGAUGAUCUGCUUCCAGGGCAAUUCCUUUUUGCAGUUAAACUUUUGCUGUACGUUUUCGGCGCUACCAUUCUCUCAGCAGUCGCAAAUGUAUGGCUAGUCAUUAGUUGUACGCCUUUGGCUUUGUUGUAUAUUUACUUGACCAAAUACUAUUUGAAAUCCGCCCGGGAAAUAAGACGACUAGAUUCAAUGACGUGCAGUCCAGUGUAUUCCUGUAUUGCUGACACUGUGGCAGGAUUGGAAGUAAUUCGCUCCUCAGAGAUGGAGAGUAGUUUUCUUUGCAAGCUUUUUAGGUACUUAGACAGGAACACCUCAGCAUCAAUCAUGCUCAAGGCAUCAACACGUUGGCUUGCUAUUAGAGGAGAUAUUCUAAGUGUCUUUCUUGUAACGUCUGUGUCAGCUGGAGCCCUAUUCGCUACUCAAAGUCCAGCCUUAGCAGGAAUGUCCUUGGCGUUCGUAAUGGAAUCAUUAGAAGUGUGUCAAUACGCGAUUCGCAUGGCCUCAGAAGCAGAAAGCCAUAUGACGUCAGUAGAGAGGGUGUUGAAUUACACCAACAUUGAAUCAGAGCCUGGAUACAGCACUGACACAGUACCAGAUGAAUCCUGGCCCACAGUAGGCAGCUUAACAUUGCACGACUUGUCUUUGUCAUAUUUAAAAGACGCCCCAGCAGUUUUGAAAAAUGGUGAAAGAUGUCUCUUACGAUAA